UUCCCAGGAUCAACAUGUUGCUUGAACCAGCCGUCAGUGAAAUGGAAGUACACAACUAUUCUUGCAAAAUGCUGCAAGAUUUGUGCCUUAUGCUGUCUAUAUUUGUGGGCUUUUUAAAUCAUUUAGCUCUAUCAUCAUCCUAUUACGCGUACCCAGAUGUUGGCCCAAUUAGAGGCCAAGCUUCAACAAAAGGAUUGAAAGAAAUCUCAUAUCACGCGUUACAUCGUUCAACAGAUGCCCCUGAAAAUGGAUAUAGCGGCGCCAUGGCAACUCUGGAUGUUUAUAAUUUUCCAUAUUUGAAGAAAAUGGAAGUAAGUGCUGCUAUUGUUAGAGUUUCAAAUUACCAAGACGAAGCCACUAAAGCUGGUCUCAAUGAUAUACAGGCCGGAUGGGUGAUUGAUCCAACCACCUAUGGUGACAGCAAAACCCACUUCUUUGUAUCUUGGACGGCUGAUUAUUACAAUAAAACCGGAUGCUUUAACUUGGACUGUGACGGUUUUGUACCAGUAAACGGUGCCCCGGUGACUCCUGGAGAUACAUUAGAACAAGCUAAUAACCAAACUAAAAUAUCAUUCAAGAUAUUUAAGGACAAAAAUGAUGGAGAUUGGUGGCUUUACUUUGGAUAUGACAUCAACAAUCUCAAUCGAGUUGGAUUUUGGCCAAAGAAUAUUUUUAAUCGUAUGGUAGAUCAUGCUACUCGUAUAAGGUGGGCUGGCUAUGCUCAAUCCUACAAAGGGAGCUCCAGUCCCCCAAUGGGCAAUGGGCAAUUUCCAGGAAAAAUGUCAGCAUCCUUUCAGAAUGUUAUGUAUGUUGAUACCGAUGGCCAGCCCUAUCCUCCUCCUGUUUGGCCUGCUGGUCUCGAAGUUUAUGCAAGCAAUACGAAAUGCUACCAAGCUAGCAUUUUUGAGGAUAACAUGUUUUACUAUGUGGGGCCAGGUAGUUGUACUAGUUAAAAUUAGAAUCUCUUGAAAAUAUUAAUGGCGAGGGCCAUCUCUUUUCCCAAAAGGAAGAGGCCCUCGCGUCGCCCUCCCCCAGGCGGCUCGGGAGGCGAUGUGCGCGCCGCCGCUUUCCUCCUCCCCCGCCUCCUCCUCCACCUCGCCGCCGCCAGAGCGGGUGCCGGCAAUGCCGCGCAGCCGCAAGGACGGCGGCGGCGGGGUCUCGCCUAGCCAACCCUACGCUCGGCGGCGGGGGGGGAGCUGCCCGGGGCGGCGGUGGUGGCGGCCAGAUCCGCGCCGUAUCCAGCCGGAUCUAGAGGGGGGAUGGCCAGCGGCGGGGACUGACGGUGAUGGUGGCGACGACGGCGGCGGACCACGGCGGCUGAAGGCGACGUCGGCGGCGGACCAUGGCGACUGAAGGCGACGUCGGCGGCGGACCGCGGCGCGUCCAGGACGCCACGGCUGGGACCUCCGCCGCAUCGUCAUGGUCGUCUCGCUCCAACCGGGCGCCGAGCGGCGCGUUCCGUCCCCCGGAUCCGCGCCAUCCUGGCCGAAUCUGGACAGGCGGCGGCUGGUGGCGGCAACCGGUGAUGGUGGCAGCUGGCGGCGGCGGCUGGCGACGGUGGCGUGGGGACGAUCGGCGGACCACAGUGGCUGACGGCGGCGGCCGUGGUGGCGAUGGCUGGCGAGGGCGCAUGUGCGGUAGUCGGCGCGUCGACGUCAGCGGCAACAUUUGAAGACGAGGAAGGAGUUGGGCGGCGGGGAAGGAGGAGACCGGGAGCGGGCGUAGCGUGGGCGGCGGCUGCGUGUGGCGGCGUUGCACGGCUCGGGAGGGCUCCGACGAGCUCGGCGGUAGCGCGGAGUCGAGGCGGACUCCGGCAGGGUUGCUCGCUAGCGGCGAGCCUCCUGCUCGCGAUGUGUGGAUGUGGAUGCGAUGGCGUGUUUGGUUACGUCGAGGUAUGACUGCUUGUGAGACGUCAUGGACUAUUCAGUGGUCGUCGAUGUGGGGUGCUUGUGUGUGUGAUGUGAAGACGUUGGCGAAAGCCUUGCCGUGCCUUUGGCCGGUUCGACGAUGACGAUGCCCACGGGCGCCGUUAACCUUCUUGGAGGCGUCGUGAUGGCGUUCCUUCAUAUUCCCCACAAAUCUCCAGGUGAAAACCUUGUUCCGAUUUCGGAUGAGCGGCGGCGACGUUAUGCAUCGUGUCCUCCUUGGGGGUGUCGCUUCGGAGAAGCUCCUAUGUAUCGACGACCGUGGAUGGUCUUUUUCGGUUCUAAAGCCUUCAUACCUUGGCGUUCGGCGAGGCCUUCGCCUCCUUAGGUCCGCUUCGUUCUUGUGGUGGGUGACACGCUCUUCAGUUGCUUCUGCUGAUGAAGUCGGAGCGGCUCGCUGAUGACGUGCGGCGAUGCUUGGCAACGAUGACAAGUUGCAGUCUCUUCCAAGGAGUUGUUGUUGGCCGUGUGAAGGAAGUGGCUCUUUGGUGGCUUGGCUGAUGUCCAUUGUUGGAUAUCGGAGCUGCUUUUCGCUCUAGCGACUUUCACGGCUUCAGUGUCGAUGCGGUUGUAAAGUCGGCGCUGCUGGGUUGCUUGGGCGGCUAGCUCGACAACGAUAACACCUCUUCUGUGAUGUUGGAGCUGUUUCGGUCGCUUUUGUGUAUUAGCUUGGCAAUGAUGUCCUAUAUUUGGGCUCCGCCGUCGUUGCGAGUUGUGUAGCUAGGUCCCUUGCUUUCUUCUGUGUGGUGAGUUUUAGCCGGUUUUCCAUAAUUAACCGUGCAAUUGUAUGGUUUUCGGGCCCGGUUUUCCUUAUAAACUGGGUCAAUUCUCUUCUUCUAAAUAUAAAAGUGGAACAAAGUUCCGCCUUAGGUUU